AUGCAUGACAGAGAAACCUUAAAGGCCUACUUGGACAAAUAUUGGGAGACGUACAAUGAAAUGGAAGACAACUUUGACGACGUCGCCAUUAUCACUUUCAAAAAUAGUCUCCCAGCCGAUCACGGCCUGCGAAAGUCUCUGACUAGCAAGCCUACCACCAGUGUGCGUCAACUGAUGGAUUGGAUCAACAAGUACAAGCGAGUAGAGGAAGACCAGUUACAGGGAAGAGGAAAAGAGAAGGUUAUCCCUCAGGAAAAGAGGGAUUUCAAGUCGGACCAGUAUAGUAGCAACUGCCUGAGAAGGGACUUUGUAGGGCGACCCGAAACGACCAAUGCACAGUCUGUUAAUGCCGUAUUCCAAGAACCAAUACAUCGGGUUUUGGAGAAAAUCAAGAACGAGCCGUACUUUAAAUGGCCGAGUAAGAUGGCGAGAGAACCCUCGAAGCGCGAUCAAAAUCUUUAUUGCCAAUACCACCAAGACCAUGGCCAUUCUACGGAGAACUACAAGAACCUCUGGAACCACCUAGACCAGCUAGUCCAGGAAGGAAGAUUGAAGCACCUUCUGUAUCAUUCUAGUGGUCAUCAAGGCCCUCAAGAGGCCAGGAGGGAUGCUGCCUUGAGGCCACCAACAGGAAUGAUCAACGUAAUCUUGGCCGCGCCAGGGAGAGCAGGCACGCACCUUACACAAGUGUUAUCGGUGGCUCAACUGUCUACCGAGGAGUCCCAACUAGGGCCGAAGAGGGCCAGAAUGAGCUUUCAUCCCGUUUUGAGUUUUUCAAAGGAAGACAAGAUCGGGACCAUCCAGCCCCACGACGACACGCUGCUAAUCACCCUCCGAAUCGGGGACUACGAUGUGAAAAGAGUGAUGGUGGAUGGCGGCAGCGCAGCUGAGGUUAUGUACCCUAACCUAUACAAGGGGCUGGGGUUAAAACUAGAAGACUUGACGCCCUACAACUCCCCCCUCAUAAGAUUCGAUGGAAAGCUUGUCAUUCCAAUGGGCAUGAUUAAGUUGCCCAUCCAGACCGGCUUGGAAAUAGUGGAAGUGAACUUCAUCAUGGUGGACAACUCUCCCUAUACAGCCAUUGAGAAGGAGGAGCUGAUUGAGUUCCUUAAGAGGAAUAUUGACGUAUUUGCAUGGGAUGCCUACGACACCCCCAGGAUCGACCCAGCCUUCAUCUACCAUUACCUCAAUGUCAACUCGGCCAUCAUUCCCAAGAAGCAACCACCUCGCCACCCGUCAAAAGGGCAUGCCAAUGCAAUUAGAGACGAAGUGGCGAAACUUAAGUGUGCGGGGGCUAUCAAAGAAGUCUUUUGCGUCGAAUUGCUGGCCAACACAGUGGUGGUCAAGAAGAAAAGUGGGAAAUAG